UCCUCAUAUCCAUCAGCGGGACACUACGCUGGUCAUUGGCUUGGAGAUAACUCGGCGAGUUGGUCUGAUCUUAAGACGUCGGUCAUCGGUAUUCAAGAAUUCAACAUUUUUGGUGUACCAUAUAUUGGAGCUGAUAUUUGUGGUUUUCUUGGCAACACCACGGAAGAGUUGUGUCUUCGUUGGCAACAACUUGGAGCUUUCUAUCCAUUCUCAAGAAAUCAUAAUGACAAAGCCGCACUGCCACAACAUCCCACUAUGUGGCCUAGCGUUCAAGAAGCUACUCGUGAAGCGAAUUUGUUCAGAUAUGAGUACUUGCCGUAUCUUUAUCUGUAAGUAUUCAUUCUAUCAUAUGGAUUAG